CAGGCGCUAUGAACCGGCGCAAGGGUAAGAUUUAAAGAAUAUGCUUUCAUUCUGCGAUAAAAGGAAAUAGAUACGGAUAGAUACCGAUCAUAACUGUACAUUUCGUUUUCACAGACUAAGCACGCCUCAUAAUGAGGCGGUUACCUCCUAUCUGCUCGGAGCAAUAUCUACAGGCCUCGAUUUACACUAUAUUGAUAAAGACGACAUUGUGUCCGCCUUCUAAGACGUAUUACGAGACGGUACGCAGGAGCUUCAGAUAUACGCAGCCAGAGAACUCAAUGCGGGCGGAAGCUGCCAAGAAUUCAGCUCGGAGUCGAGCGAGAAGAAAGAGGCUGCUGGAAUCGAGGCAGAGCGUGCUAGCUGAUGAGGAAGUGGAACUCUGGAAGUCCGCCACCGUCGACCUCAUGUCUGACGAGGAAGAUGGCGUCGUUGGCGGGGUCUCUGGAUGGAUUGUACGGCCGCCGUCAUUUCGUAGGCCGGAUCUCUCUGAACUCUGUAUGAAGCUGCAGUCCCGGUUAGAGGCGACGGCGAAGUACAAAGCCAUGCACAGCAGGCGUCUGCACAUCGGACCUGCCUCGGAAAGAAUGCCGCCAGCAGUUGCCUACAACCCCGAGGAGGCGCACGGACAGUUCACGGAGUUGUAGUUUUUUGGAUACGCAUGUGUGGGCAGAUC